AUGGAUCAACAGAAUCAGUCCGGGGUCCCUGGCCCCUCUGGGCGCAAGCUUCAUAUCGCCCACCGGAGAAGUCCGUCUGAACUUACCCCUCUGAUGAUGGAACAACUUGCCAUCCAGCAACAGAUUGAGCUGCUUCAGCAGCAGCAACAGCAAAUUGCCGCUACACACCAGCAAUACGUGAAUAUGGGCCUUCUCCAGCCUCAACAAUUGGGUCAGGUCAACGCAUUCUCUCCCGGUGGUUCCAUGGGUGGUGUUUCACCUCAGGUCAACGCCUUCCAGUUUCCCCAGCAGCAGAACCCACAGCAAGGGCAACAGCAGCUUGGUUUGCCCAUGAACGCCAAUCAACACUCCCACCGCCGCAAUCAGUCCGCCCUUCCCGGUCUCCCAAUGGGGGGCCCUCCCCCUGCUCCAUCCUCGGGCGCCUCUGGAUACGCCGAUUACAAUCAACAAGGUCAGAAUAAUCAGAAGAAUGAGAACCCCAAUCACGGCCGCGGUCGUGGAGGCCCGCCUGGUGGUGGCCACCAGCGCCGACACUCCCUCGCUCUGCCCGAGGCGAAGAAGGCCGCUGAACUCGCACAGCAGAAGAGAACAGCUUCUGGUUUCCAAUUCCCUGCUCCUGCCCCGGGUGCCGGUGCCUCCGAUAAUCAAUCCGGAUCGGAUGAUAAGCCCCAAGCCAGCACCUCUCCUGCACCCCAGGGACUUGGUCUGCAACGGGCCGGUAACAUUCGCUCUGGUGGCGGUGGCCACGGUCGAAGCCAGUCGAUGGCCAUUGGCGGCAGCCGAGGCUCUAUCUCUGGCCGUGGUGCUGGUGGUUUCCAAUUCCCUGCGGCACCCGCCAACGACGCUGGUCAGUCUGACAACCAGCGCCGAGGCAGUCAGCCUGGUCAUGCACGCACAGGGUCCCGGAACUUCGACGGCAACUGGCGCCAGCCUAACAACCAGAACCAGAAUCAGAACCAGAACCAGGACCAGCAGAAACCUUUCAAUCAGCAGCAAGGCGGCGGAUUCCAGCCCGGACACCGUUCACGGCCCUCUAUGAACCAGUCAAUGGGUUCCAUCGGUCAAUUCCAGUACCCUGGUCAACCCCAGCUGAUCCAGCUGCCUCAGGGACAGGUCAUGAUGGCCUCGCCUCAGAUGUUUGGUGGUCAACAGUUGAACCCUAUCCAGCUUGCACAACUGCAGGCUCUCCAACAGCAGCAAAAUGGCCAAGGCAUGGGUGGUCUUGGUGCAAGCCAGCACGCCCCGCCGCAGAUGUCUGUUCAACAACAGCAGCAGCAGCAACAGCAGCAACGCAAGACACUCUUUACCCCUUACUUGCCCCAGGCCAACCUGCCUGCCCUUAUUAGCAACGGUCAGCUGGUGGCUGGUGUUCUUCGUGUCAACAAGAAGAACCGUUCUGAUGCUUAUGUGACCUCCACCGAUCUCGAUGCCGAUAUCUUCAUUUGUGGUAGCAAAGACCGGAACCGUGCUCUGGAGGGUGACUUCGUCGCCAUCGAGCUCCUAGAUGUCGACGAGGUUUGGACUCAGAAAAAAGAAAAGGAGGAAAAGAAGAAGCGCAAGGAUAUCACCGAUGCUCGCUCUGGCAGCAACGCGGGUAACGACAAGCUGGGUCGCUCUGACUCCAACGGUGAUAGACAGGAGGUCGGACCGGACGGAAGUAUCCGCCGUCGUGGCAGUCUUCGCCAACGACCCACACAGAAAAAGAAUGAUGACGUCGAAGUCGAAGGCCAGAGCCUUUUGCUAGUCGAAGAGGAUGAGAUUAGCGACGAGCAGAAGCCCCUUUACGCUGGACACGUUGUUGCGGUCAUUGAGCGCAUUGCUGGACAAAUGUUCUCCGGAACUCUGGGUCUUCUUCGCCCCUCUAGCCAGGCUACAAAGGAGAAGCAAGAGGCUGAGCGCCAGGCGAGAGAUGGUGCUCACGGUCGUCACCAGGACCGCCACCAGGACAAGCCUAAGAUUGUCUGGUUCAAGCCCACAGACAAGCGUGUUCCUUUGAUCGCUAUUCCCACCGAACAAGCCCCACGGGACUUCGUUGAGAAGCACCAGGAUUAUGCCAAUCGCAUCUUUGUUGCCUCCAUUAAGCGUUGGCCUAUCACUUCUCUGCACCCCUUCGGUACCUUGGUGGAACAGCUCGGUGAGAUGGGUGACUUGCGGGUUGAGACGGACGCUUUGCUCCGUGACAACAACUUUGGCUCUGAUGAGUUCUCUGACGCUGUUAUCAAGAGCAUCGGUUACGAGGAAUGGUCCGUUGCGAACGAAGGCGAUGCCCUAGCUUCGCGCCGUGACUUCCGUGAAGAGACCAUCUUCACUAUCGACCCCGAGGACACCAAGGCGCUGGAAGAUGCCUUCCAUGUUAAGAAGCUUGCCGAUGGAAAGAUCGAGAUUGGUGUUCACGUCGCUGAUAUUGCUCACUUCGUCAAGAGCAACUCACUUGUUGACCGCGAGGCCAAGAAGCGUGGUACCGCAGUGUACCUGGUCGACCGCGUCAUGAACAUGCUGCCUUCUCGAGUCUCUACCGAGCUUUGCUCCCUUGUUCCUGGCGAGGACCGCCUGACUGUCAGCGUUGUCUUCAAGGCCAGCCUUGAGACUGGUGCCAUUGAUGAUGAUGUUUGGAUCGGAAAGGGUGUUAUCAAGAGCGCCGGCCGUCUCAGCUAUGAAGAGGUCAAUGCGGUGAUUAACGAGAAAUCGGAUAAGACCACAGCUGGUAUCACCUCAGACAACAUCCAACUGUUGAACACCAUUGCACACAAGUUCCGUGAUGCCAGAUUCGGUAACCGGGCGACCAAUGUUCCUUCUCUGCGUAUUUUGCAGCAGCUUGAUGACGAGAAUGUGCCUGUGGAGUUCAACAUUUUCGACUCUACCCCAGCUCACGAGCUCGUGGAAGAGCUCAGCCGCCAGGCUAACUUCUUCGUCGCCCGUAAGAUUGCUAGUGCUAUGCCUGACAAGGCAUUCCUCCGUCGCCAGCCCUCUCCCAACCCUCGUCGCCUGACGCUGUUCGUGGAGAGAAUGAACCGACUCGGUUUUGGCAUGGAUGCUUCUAGCAGUGGAACUUUGCAGAGCACACUCUGCAAGGUUGAAGACGUCGACCUUCGCAAGGGAAUGGAAACUUUGCUUGCGAAGGCUAUGCAGCGCGCCAAGUACUUUGUUGGUUCCAGUGUGGCUGAUGACCAGCGUCUGCACUACACCUUCAAUGUGCCUGUCUACACUCAUUUCACCAACCCAUCGCGGCGCUACACCGAUAUCAUUGUGCACCGCCAGCUUGAGUCGAUUCUUUCGGAUGGAGCUAUCGAGUUCACUGAUGAUAUUGAAUCUUUGACCAAGACUGCCGAUCUUGCCAAUAACAAGAAGGAUUCGGCCCACAAUGCUCAGGAGCAGAGUGUUCACAUUGAAGCUUGCCGUAACAUGGACCGAAAGGUUCACGAGAUUGGCGGCGAUCUCAUCAGUGAGGGUAUUGUCCUUUGUGUUUACGAAUCUGCCUUUGACGUUCUCAUUCCUGAGUACGGUUUCGAGAAGCGUGUUCACUGUGACCAGCUGCCGCUUAAGAAGGCUGAGUACCGCAAGGAUAGCCGCGUGCUUGAGCUCUACUGGGAGAAGGGCGUUCCCUCUUCCGCGUAUGUUCCCGAGGAUGAGCGUCCUAAGCCUGGAAACUCGCGUGCUGCUCAAGCGGCUGCUGCUGCCCGUGAGGCCGAGGCUGCCCGUGAGCGUGCCCGUGAGCGUGAUGAGGCGAUGCGGAAGCAAACAGAGACUGGUACCAUGUCCGCAGAUGACGUUAAUGCGCUCUUUGAUGAUGACGAUGAUGUGGACGAGGUGACUGAAUUAGCUGCCGGCGUGUCUCUUAACUCGGCUGACCGGUCGACCCAGAGCAUGCCCCCUUCGCCGACUCGCAACGGCCACCUCCCGCAGGCUCCCCACCGUACUCGCUCUGACCCAAAGAUUGCCUCCAGCACCAGCGAUGCGCCAGAGAGCAAGAUGACCAACAAGGAGAAGUACCUGAAGCUGUUCAAGCUGAGAGAGGAGGAUGGCGACUUCAUCCAGGAUGUCACCGAGAUGUCCCGUGUUCCCAUCAUCCUGAAGACCGACCUGAGCAAGAGCCCACCAUGCCUUACCGUUCGGUCUGUGAACCCUUACGCUCUGUAA